GUUUUAGGAAGGUGUGUUCAAAUGUUAAGAACUAUUUAAAUUAUGUAAAAGUAUAUUCUAAAUCUCUAGUUAUAACUAAAUGUUUUAAACCAUCAAACUACUUGUUAUAUGAUCAUGAAAUUAAUAAUUUAUUUUUUGGUUGCACUACCUUACCGAUGUACAGUGAUCUUCAAAAACUGUAUGGUGAGAAAUGUUUCGAUUUGGUAAUAUGUAACGAGCAUAUUGAGGACCUUAAAUAUGUGU